ACGGGGCUUUCUGCAAAAUUGUGGUUCUUUCUAUGUGAAAGCAGCAGCACCCUUUCUCCAUCUUCACCCUCCCCUUUCUUGAAUCCUCGCCAUUACCAGAAAUUAUUUGAUGUUGAAUUAGUGAGAGGAGAAAAAAAAUCGGGAGCUUGGGAAGGUGGGAGAGAGAUGGGGGGUGGACAGGAUGAGGUAAAGCAUUUGGAGGAUUGCACUGUAGCCAAUGCAUUGGGUACUUGGGUCUUCUCAGUAGCCGGAGCUGUCCUUGCAAUUCCAGUGGGAAUAAAGAGGAAAUCAUUAGCACCACUCGUAUUCUUCGGUACAACCGGAACUAUGCUUGAUAUUAUCAUGGGGAUCACACAAUGUGAAAGAGAACACGCGGAGCGCCAAAUGCAGCUACUGGAAGCACAAAAAGUGGAGAUGAACACUUCUACGGAAUCUGAAAACUAGUAUCAGUUGAAUUGCUGCAGAUUCAUGUCAAUGUGCAAUUUUCAUCCCAAGAUGUUUCUUUCUCCUUCGGUUUUCAUCGAUGUGAAAUGAGAAACACUUGAACAGUAUUUAUAAUUUUAUAGUUAUGGUGACCAUGGAAAACUUUUAUUGCUAGAUUUGUCUAGUUUCUGAACUUAUUAGA